AUGUCUCUCUCUCCAAGCCAAAACAGGGCGAUUGAAAUCACUGAACGAGUCACUUCAUCCUUCUCGGUUAUCGGUGCUCUUUUCGUCAUUGGCACUUAUACUGCAUCUUCGUCAUUUCACAAGCCAAUCAAUCGCAUGGUUUUCUACGCAUCAUGGGGGAACAUCAUUGCCAAUAUCUCUACACUCAUCUCCUUAUCUGGUAUUCAGGCGGGGAGAAAUACUGCCUUGUGUCAGACACAAGGGUUCUUGAUUCAGAUGUCGAUAAUAAUUGAUAUCCAUGCUGACGACCACGAAAGGUUUAUGCCAGCAGAUGCGCUUUGGACGCUUGCAAUGGCCUGUAAUGUCUGGCUGACCUUUCGCCAUAGGUUCUCCGCCAGUCAGCUUCGGAGCCUAGAGGGAAAGUACCUACUUCUUUGCUACGGUAUUCCGUUCAUUCCGGCUAUCGUUUACGCCUUUUUGCACACGGAGGAACGAGGAAAAAUUUACGGGCCCGCCACACUUUGGUGUUGGAUCGAUGUUAAUUGGGAUCCGCUUCGAAUUGCCACCUUCUACGCACCUGUCUGGUUGAUUUUCAUUGCCGCGGGCAUCAUUUACAUCUCCAUUGGAGCGGAAAUCUAUCAAAAGCGAAGGCAGCUCCGAAGCAUGGUUUCGCAAAGUCAGCCCACUGUCAUGAGCAUGAAAACUACGGAGGUCCACAUCGUCAGCGAGACGGCGGACAAGUUCGGUGGUACCACCCAGUGUCACCCAGAAGAUGAUAAUUUCCAGCAAGGCCGAGGAUUUUCCCAAUACGCCGCCAACGUUUCAUCCGUGGACCACUCGCAAAACAAGACUGCCAAUGCCGGGUCAAAGAUGUCCAGUACUGAUGCAGCCGCAUGGGCAUAUACAAAAUGCGCAAUGCUUUUCUUCGCUGCGCUGCUCAUUACCUGGGUCCCCUCGACCAUCAACCGAGUUUACACCCUCGUUGCUGCAGGCGAUAUCAGCUUCGCAUUGUGCUACUUUGAGGCACUGGUUCUUCCUCUUCAAGGGUUUUGGAACUGCAUCAUCUAUAUCACCACUUCCCUGGGACCCUGUCGAGAGUUGUGGCGGUCAAUGAUCGGCUCCGAGCCCGCCUCCGAUAAUAUGGUUCUAUCUCAUGAGAGUAUCAAAGUCGAGCCAAUCGCCUACGAGCCCGAGUGCCCCUUCAAAUACAACAACUUUGUUAAUCGCAUCACCCUCCUGUCUCCUCUAGUCAAGGACAAUGUGGUCUGCCAGAACCAGCCCGGGUGUGUUGCCAUUCCCUCCGCCAGCAGCGAACUGAUUCUUCGCCUCACCAACUCUGAUGCCCUAUGCAUGAGAGCAGCGAACCGCAUUGAAAAUGAGGUCGCUAUGAUAACUCUUGCUGUGGCAGCGCUAGAUCCCAUCUUUAGGCCACACGUCAUGCCUCGCGUCUAUAGCUAG